AGCACUCACAUUGUCGUCUAUGGAGCUUUGACGAAAGUGGCCUUCCUUCUUUGACCCGCUGAACAUCUCUCCUCCUCGACUUUUGCUUACCAUAGGCUAAAAUUCCAAUCUUUUCUCCCAAAACUAUCCCCAGUUCACACUCGCUUGAUUGAGUUCAAAGUGUGACCCUUUCUUUCUUCUUUUUCACCUUUUGAAUUUACGCUCUACUACUGGCUUUGAAUAUUCAACCCAUAUCCUUUUGGACAGAACGAUGCUUCGUCGUUGUUUCAAGAACCCUUUUAUGGGUUUCGUCUACCUUUCCGAGCUACGCCUCCUGAAUUAUCAAAAUUCUCAGGGUAUGAUUUUAUGAGGGCUAUGGUGUUGCUGGUUCUGUAUUUGGAGCACUUUCUAUGUGUUUGUAGUAAUCUCUAACCGAUUUUCUUUUAUCUGUAUCUCCAAGUUGUUUUGCUGCGAAACUUAGAUGAAAAUGGCUAUGGAUUGUCCACCUCUUACUGUAGUCUUGAUCAGUGUUUCUCUUUGGAUAUUGCUUAGUUCUAGUUUGAACUAUGGUACCGAGGCUGAUAUUAAUUGCCUGAAAAGAAUAAAGGAUUCACUUCAAGAUCCUUACGGUUACUUGAACUCUUCAUGGGAUUUCAACAAUAAUACUGAAGGCUUUAUCUGCAAAUUUACUGGGAUUGAUUGUUGGCACCCGGAUGAGAACAGGGUUUUAAAUAUUCGGCUUUCGGAUAUGGGGCUAAAGGGCGAGUUUCCUCGUGGUAUUGAGAAUUGCUCGAGUUUAACAGGCUUAGAUCUUUCAAGCAACAAACUUUUUGGAAUUAUUCCGCUAGAUAUCUCCAAAAUUCUACAGUAUGUGACAACUCUUGAUCUCUCAUCUAACAAUUUCUCAGGGGAGAUCCCAGUGAGCCUAUCGAAUUGUACUUAUUUGAAUUCCCUUAAACUCGACCAUAACAGGUUGACAGGGCAAAUUCCUCCACAACUGGGUCUGCUUGGUCGGAUUAAAACAUUUAGUGUGGCGAACAAUCUGUUGACAGGGCCAAUCCCAGGAUUUCAAAAUAUUUCAAUUGAUAGUUAUUCAAAUAAUAUAGGACUAUGUGGGGCUCCUUUGGAUGCUUGCCAGGCGGCUGCAAAGAAUUCUCACACUGCAGUCAUUGUGGGAGCAGCAGUUGGUGGGGUGACCCUUGCAGCCAUAGGUGUGGGUAUUUUUAUGAUGUUCUUCUUGCGUAGAGUGGUUGUAAAGAAGAAGGAAGAGGACCCUGAAGGAAACAAAUGGGCAAAGAGUUUAAAGGGAGUUAAAGGCAUCAAGGUAUCUAUGUUUGAAAAGUCAGUUACGAAAAUGAAAUUCAAUGAUCUCAUGAAGGCUACUAACAACUUUAACAAAGAAAAUAUCAUUGGGUCAGGAAGAACAGGAACCAUGUACAAGGCAGUCCUUGAUGAUGGCACUUCACUUAUGGUUAAGAGGUUGCAGGAAUCUCAACACUCUGAGAAAGAAUUUCUGUCUGAAAUGUCCACUCUUGGCAGCGUAAAAUACCGUAACUUGGUUCCCCUCCUAGGUUUUUGCGUGGCUAAGAAGGAGAGGCUUUUGGUUUAUAGGAGCAUGCCAAAUGGUACCCUUCAUGAUCAGCUACAUCUUGUGAAUAAUGGUGACAAGGUUAUGGAUUGGCCUUUGAGGCUAAAGAUUGGGAUAGGGGCAGCCAGAGGAUUAGCUUGGCUCCAUCAUACCUGUAAUCCCCGAAUUCUCCACCGAAACAUAAGCUCCAAAUGCAUCUUACUGGAUGCAGAUUUUGAGCCUAAGAUAUCUGAUUUUGGCCUUGCUAGGCUCAUGAAUCCAAUUGAUACACAUUUGAGUACUUUUGUGAAUGGGGAGUUUGGGGAUCUGGGUUAUGUUGCUCCUGAGUAUGCAAGAACUCUGGUGGCCACUCCAAAGGGUGAUGUUUUCAGCUUUGGAACUGUGCUUCUUGAGUUGGUGACUGGUGAGAGACCUACACAUGUUGCUAAAGCUCCUGAAAACUUCAAGGGAAGUUUGGUAGAAUGGAUUACACAGCUGUCGAGCAACUCUGAACUUCGGGAUGCCAUCGAUCAAUCCUUGGUUGGAAAAGGUGUUGAUGGUGAGCUUUUUCAGUUUCUUAAAAUUGCGCGUAAUUGUGUAGUAUCAACUCCCAAGGAAAGGCCUACCAUGUUUGAAGUGUACCAGCUUCUAAGAGCUAUUGGCGAGCGAUACAAUUUCACAAUUGAGGAUGAGAUGGUGAUGCCUUCUGAUUCUGGUGAUGCCGAUUACUUAGAUGAGCUUAUUGUUGCUCGUGAAGUAAAUCAGAAUAAUUGAUAAGGUAUGGAAGAGGUACAGGGAUGAAUGUCUCCAUAGUCCUUAUUUAAUUGCCUGUUGUCUGGUGUUCAAUCGAAAACUAGUAUUACGUGGAAUUUUAAUGUAUUAUUACCUACUUCUUUUUACCCAUCGGAAUUCAGAAAUUAUAGUAUUGUCAUCAUUUUGUAAUCUUCCCAUUUGUAGUAUAUUUCAACCACUUAUGAUA